AUGCUCAACGAGGCCGAGUGGACGAUGCGGAAGGACAUUCGGCGCCCCGCCGAAGUCGCUCUUGCCGUCACCACCUUGGACGUCGACGUCGUUCUCUCGCACCUCUACGUCGACGCGACUGGCGACGCUGACGCGCUUCGGCCCGUCCCCGACGACGUACCGGAGUCGUUUGGUCUUCUGCUUUUCUUGGCGCAUUGACUUUGGCCCACAACGGCCGCUCGACGAGCGUGAAGGUGCACGUGUCGACCCUUAAGGACCCAACAGCCCAAGAUGAGUAGCAUUAUAUGAACAAGUACAUAAGAUUGGGGUUAGAAUAGGUCUA